ACAGAGCACGCAUAGGAUGAGUGGACUUCAAAGUUUUGUCCUUUUCGGACUUCAGAUCCUGAUCCUGUUGAAUGCUGUUACUGCAACAGACGGCGCCUCGAGUGGAAAUGGAAAAUUGCACCAUCCCAUGCACAUAAAAAACCCGAAUGGAGAUGUUAGCCCUCAAAUCAUCGGGGGAUCGCAGGCUGCUGCAGGGAUGUUCCCGUGGCAUGCGUGGCUGGACAUUACGCAAAUCGGGACGAACGGUGGUUACCUGUGCGGGGCUUCGCUGAUCGCGGCCAAGUACGCCAUGUCCGCGUGUCACUGCAUCCAGUCGCCUGCCCAAUAUAAGCAUGACGUAGUGCUCGGCACAAUCAACAGAAAUACACCGACUGCGGGCUACGUCAGGAAGACUGUAGCCACGCCCAUUUGCCACGAAUCUUAUGUUGAAGCUACGGCUAAAAAUGACAUUGCCCUUCUUCCGUUUGAUAGUCCAGUGACUCCUACAGGUAAUAUUCAGUGGAUUAAUCUGCCUCAACCGUCACUCGCUAAUUUGGUCGGCACGAAGGCCAACGUCAGCGGCUUUGGCAGAACUUCGGACAGCACUCAAACAACAAGCAACACGCUGAAAUACGCAACUCUGACAAUCACCACUGAUGCGUCCUGCACGGCUGAGUACGGCUCUUCGUCGUAUUUUUCGGACGUCAUGAUGUGUGCAAAAGCACCAGCCGCGGACCAAGCAGACUGCAACGGAGACAGCGGCGGAGCUCUUGUGUACAACAAUGGCUCUGCUUGGGUCCAGAUCGGCAUUGUGUCCUGGGGAGGCACCUCUUGCCAGACCACGUCUUCCGUGUACGCAAGGCUCUCAGGAUUAGUUUCCUGGGUUACGAACAAAAUGAGCUCGCUUGAUGGUGCCACUGGUACAACAACCACAAACACUGGCCCCACCACCACUACAAAAGCCCCCGCUACGACCACAACUAAAAGCACCACCACCAAAAAGCCAACACCAACCAAAAAACCUACUCCAACCAAACCACCAACUACUCCCAAACCACCACAAUGCUCAUCAAAGGAUUUCAAGAAUUUGCUGACCAAGUGCUGCUCUCCACCUGCUAAAGAUUUACUCGCUAAGACAUCCAACAAAGCAAUAGAAACCACUUGCAAAAAAGGCGGCGGCGACAACUCUGUGUUUAAUUCGUUUGUGCUCAACAAGCUGCAGAAUAUUAAGAAAAACAACACCGUGGACAUGAACGAUGCUGCCAGCUUGGCAAAGCAACUCGGCAAAGCUGCUUGUUUUAUUUCAUGCUACCUCAACCAAACCGGAGUUAUUGAUAGCACUACUGGAGAUAUUGAUGCUGAUGCGUUGGUCGGCCUGCUGGUCGCAAACCAAGAUCCUACUGGCCCCUGGAUUGACAUUAUAAGUGUGGCAGUUCAAAACUGUACAUCUUUAAUUAGCGGUAAAACCAGUAAAUGGCUCGAGAACAGAAUUGAGAAUUAA